GAGGGUGCCGGGGCUCCGCUCCGCCCGCCCUUGGGCAGGGGCUCAUGGAGGAGGCCCGGCGCCGCCUGAGGCGGUUCGAUGUUGGGGACAAGUUCUCCCGCUUGCCGCUGCCCAGAGCCGCCGUGCUGCUGCCGCUCAUGGUGCGGGGGGCACGGCUGCACCUGCUGCUCACCGUCCGGUCCAUGCAGCUGAGAAGAUCACCAGGGGAAGUGUGUUUUCCAGGAGGUGAAAGUGAAGCCACUGAUAAAGAUGAUAUUGACACUGCUCUCCGAGACGCUAAAGAAGAAGUGGGUCUUCAGCCGGAGAAGGUGGAAGUCAUCUGUAGGCUGAUGCCUGGAAUUGAUAAAAUGAAUAACUUGGUGACACCAGUUGUAGGAUUUAUAGAGGACACAUUCCAGGCCACUCCUAAUCCAGAUGAAGUGAGCGAGGUUUUUGUUGUGCCUUUGGAGUACUUUGUGAAGCCCUUAAAUUACAAGACCUUCUCUUACCAAACCUCCUCAGGUUAUUUAACUCCGAUACACUGCUUUACAUAUGAUGACCAGGAACGUAAAAGGUCAUUCAAGAUAUGGGGACUGACUGCACACUUUGCUGUAUUUCUUGCUCUUGUAAUUUUUGGAGAGAGACCUACCUUUGAAGUGGAUUAUGAUCUUGACAACUUAAUGUCAUCCUCCGAGAAUAACUUCAUUAAUUUGUAUGCAUCUAUAUAUGAAAGAAAGAAGAGUAACCUGUGAUAA